UUGAAGCUCCCCAUUUCUGGUACCCACUGCAUCGUUGGGGCAACGAUUGGCUUCUCACUGGUGGCUGAAGGGAAAGAAGGUGUCAAGUGGUCUGAGCUGCUAAAGAUCGUGUUGUCCUGGUUCAUUUCACCCCUCCUUUCGGGCAUCAUGUCUGCUAUCCUGUUCUUCCUUGUCCGGAGGUUCAUCCUCUGUAAGGUGGAUCCUGUUCCCAACGGCUUGCGAGCGUUGCCCAUCUUCUACGCCUGUACCGUGGGGAUCAACCUCUUCUCCAUCAUGUAUACCGGCGCGCCCUUGCUGGGCUUUGACAAACUUCCUCUGUGGGGUAUCCUCCUAAUUUCGGCGGGGAGUGCUGUUGUCUGUGCUCUCGUCGUCUGGUUCUUUGUAUGUCCAAGAAUGAAGAAGAAAAUCGAACGUAAGUAACGCCUCUCUCCUUCGGAAAGCCCCUUGAUGGAGAAGAACAUCAGCCCCAAGGAGGACCACGAGGAGCCCAAGGUGCCCCCGGGCGAUGCCAAGAGCCCCACUGCUGACGCGGGGCCGGCUGUGCCGCAUCGGGCAGCGGUGGAGGAGAGGACAGUCUCCUUCAACCUGGGAGACCUGGAGGAGGCCCCGGAGCAGGAGAGAACCCCCAGCCUUGACCUGAAGGAAACCAGCAUCGACAGUGGGGCCGGGAAUGGCAGCCUUGUCCAGUUCAACCAGAGCAUGGGCCACCAGCUGAGCUCUGGCGGGCAGUACCAGUACCACACCGUGCACAAGGACUCCGGCCUCUACAAGGAGCUGCUGCACAAACUGCAUCUGGCCAAGGUGGGGGACUGCAUGGGGGACUCGGGGGACAAGCCCCUGCGGCGCAACAACAGCUACACCUCCUACACCAUGGCCAUCUGCGGCAUGCCGCUGGACUCGCUCCGCGCCAAGGAGGCGGAGGAGAUGGAGAAGCUGACGUGGCCCGUGGCGGACACCAAGAAGAGGGUCCGCAUGGACAGCUACACCAGCUACUGCAACGCGGUGGCGGAUGCCCACCCAGCAGCUGAUGUGGAUCUGAACACGGCCCAGGUGGAGAUGGGUGUCAGUGACCACAAGGGCAGCAGUAGCUCCCUAGAAGAAUGGCAUGACCAGGACAAGCCUGAGGUGUCCCUGCUCUUCCAGUUCCUGCAGAUCCUCACCGCCUGCUUUGGCUCCUUCGCUCACGGUGGCAACGACGUCAGCAAUGCCAUAGGGCCCCUGGUCACACUCUACCUGGUCUAUCAAACGGGCGACGUGGCAACUCCCAUCUGGCUGCUGCUCUACGGAGGAGCAGGGAUUUGCAUCGGCCUGUGGGUCUGGGGCAGGAGAGUCAUCCAGACGAUGGGGAAGGAUCUGACUCCCAUCACGCCAUCGAGUGGUUUCAGCAUCGAGCUGGCGUCUGCCCUGACCGUGGUGAUCGCCUCCAACAUUGGC